GGGUCCUCCCUGAGGGGCGAAGAAGAGCCCCCUUCCUUUCGGCGCUGCUCCUCUGGGGCUCCUCCCCAGAAGGGCCUUUCCCGGGCCGGGGGCGGCGAGGCUGCUUCCUCCCGCCCGAGGGACGAGGUCCGUCCCAGCCGGUUCCUGCAGCCCGGGAGGCCGGCCAGGCCCAGAGGCGGAAGGAGCGGCGCCAGAGGAAGGCGCGCCUCGCCCGGGACGGGGAGCCCAGACGCCAGGGUUGCUCAAGGACUGAAGAACUAGAAGACAACAUUGUCUGCAUUGGAUAGCUUUGUAUAUGGAAGGCAUGUCAGAAAUCGAUUUUGAAAAGUUAGCUGAAAUAGAAUUAAGGAAAGAUGAGGCAGAAAAUGCAGAUCUUGAAGGGAGCCAGGUAUCAUUUGCAUCUGUGUCAAAUGGUGAUGCUGAAAUAAGCCCAACACACCCAUAUUAUGAUGUGGCCAGACAUAAUAUACUUCACCUUGUAGGUGAUGAUAAUUUGGGGAGAAAAGUGAUUGCUUUCAGUUGCUGCCGUUUGCCUCCUUCCUAUCAACUUAAUCACAGACGGUUAUUAGAAUAUUUAAAGUAUGCACUGGACCAGUAUGUGGAAAAUGAUUACACAGUGGUCUACUUUCACUAUGGAUUGAACAGUAAGAACAAGCCCUCCCUGAGUUGGUUACAAAGCGCCUACAAAGAAUUUGACAGGAAGUAUAAGAAAAACCUGAAAGCGCUCUACAUUGUACAUCCAACCAAUUUCAUAAAAAUUAUUUGGAACAUUUUUAAACCUCUAAUCAGUCACAAGUUUGGAAAAAAGGUAAUCUAUCUGAAUUACCUGAGUGACCUGAGAGACCAUCUUAAAUACGACCAACUUAAGAUCCCUCAAGAAGUUAUUCGACAUGAUGAAAAUCUUCGGACUAAACAAAAGAAAAAGCCACUUGCUGCAGUGAAGAUCCCUCCACCAAGACCCCCUCUUCCAACCCAGCAGUUUGGUGUCAGUUUGGAUCAUCUCAAAGCUAAAAACAAAGGUGAAUUAAUCCCACCAGUAAUGAAGCACACUGUGUCUUAUCUAAAAAGGAAAGGACUCAGAGCAGAAGGACUGUUUAGACGGUCAGCCAGCAUACAAAGUAUUAAGGAGAUUCAGAAACUCUAUAAUCAGGGAAAAUCUGUUAAUUUUGAUGAUUAUGGAGAUAUCCAUAUUCCUGCUGUCAUACUUAAGACUUUACUCAGGGAACUCCCAGAGCCUUUACUGACCUUUGAACCCUAUGAUCAAAUCAUUGGAAUUACCAGUGUAGAAAGUAGCUUACGGGUGAUGAACUGCAGAGAAAUUGUACAUGGACUUCCUGAGCAAAAUUAUGCUGUUCUGAAGUUUCUUAUAUGCUUUCUCCAUAUGGUGUCACAGGAAAGCAUUUUCAACAAAAUGACUGGUUCCAACCUGGCUUGCGUCUUCGGCCUGAAUUUAAUCUGGUCACCCAAAGGCACUCCUUCUUUCAGUACUCUGGUGCCGAUAAAUAUUUUCAUUGGGUUACUGAUAGAUUUCUACCCCACAAUCUUCAGUUCUCGAAGUGUACCUGGUGAGCAGUUACCUUGAAAACGCAUACAGUACUGGGAUGCACCCCUAGGAAGGACACUCAUUAUUCUGUGUUGGACUCCAUUGAAUCUAUUUUCAGUGCAUACAGAAAUGAAUUGCUUCACAUGAAGAAGCCUUGUACAAAAUAGGCUUUUUCCCACUGGCAACUCCAGGUGCCAGGUGUGUGUGUGUCUUCCAAAUCUGCUACCUCUGUUCCCUUGGUUGAUGCCAGAGAUUGGAUCUGGGACCACUAACAUACAAGACAGGGCACUUUCCCACUGAGCUGUGCUCCCAAUCAAAUUUCUCUUAAAUUUUUCAAAGCACAUGACUGUGUAACAUCUACAAAGCUAUCAGUACAAAAAAAUCUUAGAAAGUAAUUUUGAGGGUGCAAGGUGUAACAGUUGAUUUAGAUUUCAUUCCUUUAGUAAUGUCUGCCUUUUAAAGCAUUUAAGUUGCAUACAGUCUUAAAUUACUUAUACUGUAGCCCACCUGUGAUCUUUGGAUGAAGGACAUUAUAUAAACUUAAUAAGAAAUAUUUUUUGCUAUGCUUUCUCAAGAACACUUUAUACAUAUAUGAAUGCAAUGCUGUAAAAACUGUGUAUAUAUGGAUUUUUGUAUGGUAAGUGUUUAUUGUAUGUGAAAUCCUUCCUCCAAGGGUUCAUGGGCAUGGGUUGAUAGAGGGGAGUCACAUGAGUCCUCCUCUAGAAAGAUGAAUUUGGUCUAAAUCUAAAUUCAGUUGAUCUCUCAUCAUCUGGCUCAGAAACUGAUGGCUGACAGCCUACUGACUGGCGCCUAGCAACAAGUACAUACUGCUAUUUUAGCUGCCACUAGAUAAUUAUAAAUGUAUCCUGGCACCCUCAUUGUUUACCAUAUUUAUAAAUGACCGAGAGGAUGUACUAGAGGAGCCACUUGGCCACCCGCCCAAACCUGGGGUCAGGAGGACUCCAUUAUUAUGGUAUGCUGACAACGCAGCCAUUCUCUCAUGUUCCAGACCAGGUCUAAAUUAUCAACUAAAGAGGUUCAUGCCUUAUUGUGUACAGAAUGGCCUAAAAAUUACCUUUGGGAAAUCUAAAAUUUGGGUUUUUGAAAAGAAUCUUUCCCAAUGCCAAUGGUCACUAGAUUGAGCACGCCCAAUGCUAAUGGUCACUAGAUGAGCCAGUGUGGUGUAGUGGUUAAGAGUGGUAGUCUCGUAAUCUGGGGAACCGGGUUCGCGUCUCCGCUCCUCCACAUGCAGCUGCUGGGU